AUGACAAGCCCAUUGUUGAAGAUUGCAACGAUGAAGACCCUAUUUGCAGAGACUCUGAGGUGCAAAAUUUUCUUAGGUUGCACCUUGAAUCUUAUAUCUUCUGGCAUUACAGAGACAUUCCUCUAUCACAUUGACAAUCACAUGGUGAGAAACUCUGAAUUGUACCUUCCUCCAACCGCUUCCUCGACGCCUUCUUCUCCACCACUCCGCCGCCGCUCCACCGUAGCGAGCUCCUCUGAUUUCUCCCAAAAUCAACAACAACAAAGUCACCUCAAUUCUUCCCACCCUGCUGCGCCUCUACCUCUCUCUUUUCCAGCGCACCCUAGAACCCCACCGCCAGUCAAGUUUGCUCUUCUCCCUUAA